GAAAGAAGUAAUACAUUGAAAGUAUAUGACACUUCUUAGGUUAAAGUAUAUCUGCUUCCACGGGUAAGAAAAAUGUUAAGCUUCAGUGUUGAGAGUCAACUAGAUACUCCUGCGAAGGAGAUGAACAGGGAAUACAAAUACUAGAGUUGCCGAAAUCCGGUCCAUAAUGAUGUUAAGGCCGAAAUUUGGCGAUAAGUAGCAAAAAAGAAAGGCAGAGUGUCUCUUACUGUGUGCGACCUGGGAAAGGAGGGUCCAAACAAGGCAUUAAGAAAACUCUCUCUUACUCUCUCAAGGAUCUACUAGGGCUCUGCCAAUAACAGUUGAGUUGAGAUUCAUUUCAAUUAGGGUUUUAAGAUUUGCCGGUGAGUUCAAUUCUUUCCAGUUUUUGUUUCACUGUCGAUGGUAUCUAGGGUUAUUCUUGCCUGAAGAGAAUUUCAGAUUUUUAACUCAGCUUCAUAGUGACUUAGUUGUAGAACUUGGAUUUGAUUCUCAAUAAUUGAAUUUAGAAAAAUAAGAAAUAGCAACAAUGGCCUCCUAUAGGCCAUUCCCUGCACCACCUCCACCACCACCGCAGCAACCACCACAACCACAACCACCGCCACCACCACAACAACUGCAAAGACCAAAUCAGUAUCCUCAAAAUUACAAUCCUCAAUUGGCCCCACCACCACCACCACAAAACUAUCAGAAUUUCUCGCAACAUUACCCUCAGCCGCCCCGCCCUGCUCCACCUCCUCCAUUGCCUCACCAACAAUACCCUUAUCAGCCACCUCCUCCUCCUGAAUCCUCAUACCCACCUCCUCUUCCACCAGCACCACAACAACAACGGCCACCACCACCUAAUUUGUACUACCCGCCUUCACAUUACGGUCAUCAACCAAUGCAGCAUCCACCUCCACCUCCACCCCCUCCCCCUUCAUCUCCUCCACCUAGUUCUUCAGCUCCACCCCCACCACCUCCCAGCUCCCCACCCCCAGCUCCUCCUGCUGUUGAAAGAGAUAAAGGGGUAUAUCGGGAGAGUAGGGAAUAUGAUAAUUCCAAUAAUGGGAAACAUCAUCAUCAACAACACAAGCCACAGCUUCCACCUGUGGGAAAGAAGGCGAAUGGGCACUCUGGGAGGGCGGAGACAGAUCAGGAGAGGAGGUUGAGGAAGAAGAGAGAGUUUGACAAGCAAAGGCAGGAGGAGAAGCAUAGACAGCUGUUGAAAGAGUCACAGAACCCAGCUCUGCCGAAGAACCAGAUGAUGUCCUCUCAGAAAGGGCAUGGUUCCAUUGUUGGUUCACGAUUGGGGGAUAGGAGGGCCACUCCAUUGUUGGGUGGGGAGAGGACUGAAAAUAGGUUGAAGAAGCCAACGACCUUCUUGUGCAAGUUGAAAUUCCGGAAUGAACUUCCUGAUCCGAGUGCCCAACCAAAGCUGAUGCCUUUAAAGAGAGAUAAAGAUCGAUUUACAAAAUACACAAUCACAUCGUUGGAGAAAAUGUAUAAACCUCAACUAUAUGUUGAGCCAGAUCUUGGAAUACCUCUGGACCUGCUUGAUCUCAGUGUAUACAAUCCUCCUAGUGUUAGACCACCUCUUGCUCCUGAAGAUGAGGAAUUGUUGCGUGACGAUGAGACAGUCGCCCCUGUAAAAAGAGAUGGCAUAAGAAGAAAAGAACGGCCAACAGAUAAAGGUGUUUCAUGGCUGGUUAAGACACAGUAUAUAUCUCCUCUGAGCAUGGAGUCAACCAAAUCUCUGAACAAAAACCAAGCUAAAGAACUGAGAGAAAUGAAGGGAGGUCGGAAUCUUUUGGACAAUCUCAAUAACAGGGAGAGACAGAUCAAGGAAAUUCAAGCAUCGUUUGAGGCAAACAAGUUACCUCCUGUGCACGCAACUAAUAAAAACUUACAUCCAAUUGAGGUUCUGCCUCUGCUACCUGAUUUUGAUCGGUAUGAAGAUAAAUUUGUCACAGCAACCUUUGAUGGUGCUCCUACAGUUGAUGCAGAAAAUUACAACAAGUUCAAUUCAUCCGAACGUGAAGCCUAUGAAUCACGGGCUAUUAUGAAAGCUUGUGUGGCAACUGGUUCGGAUCCAACUAACCCAGAAAAAUUUUUGGCAUACAUGGUACCUUCUCCUGAUGAGAUAUCGAAGGAUAUGCAUGAUGAGAGUGAGGAUAUCUCAUAUUCUUGGAUUCGCGAGUAUCAUUGGGAUAUACGGGGGGAUGAUGCCAAUGACCCUACAACAUUCCUUGUUUCAUUUGAUGAGGCUGAAGCUCGCUACUUGCCUCUUCCCACAAAGAUUAAUUUAACAAAGAGGAGAGCCAGAGAGGGAAGAUCAGGUGACGAGAUUGAACAUUUUUCUGUACCAUCAAGAGUAACUGUGAGGAAAAGAGCUGUUGCUGCUACAAUCGAACAGAGGGAUUUGGGGGCUGCUUCAAGUUCAAGGGGUAAUGAUUCAAGGAUGGGAGGAAGGUUUGAGGAUGAAGAUGGCCUUGGAAGAUUACAGAGGGUCGCUCAAGAUGAGGACCUUGAACAGUCUAGUGAGGCAGAAGAUGAGAUGUCUGAAUGAUUCUUUGAUUCAAAUGUCACAGAAACUUCUGCAUUUGCCUAUUUGGGUUGCAAGUGACUGGAUGGAGAUUGUUUAUGUAUUCAGAUGCUCAUGAUGAGAAACUGAGAUGGUGAUAUUUCCCGGUAUCCUUGCCAGCACUCAAAACAUACUUUUUGCCCCUCAGAUUGUAGUUUGUUCUAGUUGAUAUAGAUUUUCUAAUAACACGAGGGCUAGAGAAAAGAAGCUAUGAAGAAAAGGUUGGACAUUAUAGAAAUCCUGUUUCUUUUCAUGUAAUGUGUUCAAAACAUUAAAAUAUUUUCGUUUCCUUUUUCCUCGUU